GCCCAUACAAUGCCACCUUGGUUGAGCGUUUUCAGCUAGCCUAUAUACCCACUACACACCUCGUCAUUGCCUUUGAACUCCUCGGGUUCAAUCUCACCUUGAUGCUCCAACACACAUUCAGCACUUGGUUCAAAGUUGAUGCAUAGUGCCAUCUCUGCGAAUGGAGUUUAACCAAGUCCUACCUGGUACUCGUCGAAUUUAUGACACCAAUGGAAGCCCACUCGACGCCGAAGCCGGCUUGAAAAGAUCAGGCGAAAUUGUUCUGGUGCCUCAGCCUACUGAAUCGCCAAAUGAUCCAUUGCACUGGUCUCUGCCACGCAAGAUCUGGCACAGCUCUUUGGUCUGUUUUGUGACUGCGCUUACUGCUGCCACGUCUAAUGACGCAGGGUCGGCACAAUACGUACGUGAGAACCUCUUUCGAUGAAAUCUCAGCUCGAGAAUAGCGCGAAUGGGCUGAGGAUGCUUUUCACUGUUGGAAAUGCUAGGCUUCGCUGACGUUCCUUAUCUCAUGCCAGAAUGAAAACCUCGAGCUGGGCAUCAGUUAUGCCUCCUUCAAUACUGGAGCUGGCAUCCUCUUUCUAGGAAUCGGAUACUGGUGUCUCCUAUCUUCACCUGCAGUCUACCUUUAUGGUAGACGUAUCUUGUACUUAAUUUGCAUGUUGUUCGGCCUCAUCGGUGGCAUCUGGUUCGCCCGUGGUCAAAAUACGAGCGAUGCUUUAUGGAACCAACUCUUCGUUGGGGCGUCCGAAUCAGUGGCCGAGGCAACUGUCCAGCUCUCUUUGAUGGAUCUGUGGUUCCAACAUCAACGAGGCUCCGUCUUGGGUGUUUAUAUUCUCGCAACGAGUGUGGGAACUUUUCUGGGUCCCCUCAUCGCAAGCUAUAUUGCCGACAGUGCCAUCGGCUGGAGGUGGAUUGGUUGGUUUGGUGCAAUCUUUUCUGGCUGCACUUUUGUCCUUCUCCUUUUCGGACUGGAAGAGACCACUUUCCGCAGAGAUCGCUAUCUGACAAACGAUGGCGAGACCUACCUGGUGGAUGGUGUUACUGAGCAAAGCCAGGACACCAGUCAACGUUCACCCUCUCCGUCACAAGAUGCCUCUGGGAAAGAAAAGGAUGAUGAAAACUCAGUGGAGAGGCAACCUUCGUCAAAUCCAAGCCCUGGGAUACUUGCCCGAGAUGAAAAAGCAAAGACGUACUGGCAACGAAUAGCCAUCAUCACACCAGCUGACAAUCUCCGAGGCACCGGCUUCAAACAAUAUUAUCGACGGCUCUUUCACACUCUUCGGGUUUUCACGUUUCCAGCCGUCAUUUACUCCGGUAUCCAAUGGGGAGCGCAAGAUGCUUUUCUCACCUUCUAUUUGACCGUGGAAGAAGACACUUGGUAUGGGCCACCAUGGAACUAUACCGACGCCGCAGUGGGCAACAUGUCGAUCCCAAGCUUGAUUGGCGCCGUUAUUGGCUGCUUUUAUGGUGGAUGGUUCAGCGACAAAUUCGUGCUCUGGAUGGCCAAGAGAAAUGGCGGCGUGACCGAGGCAGAACACCGGUUAUGGAUUAUGUUCCUGGCCACUGCAUUGUUCCCUACCGGCAUGUUCCUGUUUGGCAUCGGAAGCAAUGAUGGAUGGGCAUGGCCAGCACCAUAUGUUGGACUCGGCUUCAUUGGAUUCGGCUGGGGUUGUGCCGGAGAUCUUUCAAUGACAUACUUAGUCGACUCAUAUCCUGACAUGGUCCUCGAAGGCAUGGUCGGAGUGGCAACAAUCAACAACACCAUUGGUUGCAUCUUUAGUUUCGUGGCUUCCAAGUGGCUUGAUGCUAGUGGGAUCAAGAACACAUUCAUUGUCUUGGGAGUCCUAGCAUUUUGCGCCAUGAUGCUUACCGCGCCGAUGAUAUUUUUUGGAAAGAAGGCACGUCUAUGGACAAGAACCAGAUACCAACGCUUCUUGGAGAUUCGAGAUGGAUUUGGUCAGUGAGGGAGCCGGCUGGUUUGUCCAAUACCUUUGAUCAGAUAUCAAUAUCAGUACACAUGUUUGAUACAUAAUAAUGAAACUGGUCGAGUCAAGGCUGUAGAAAUCGAAGGGGG